UGAUAAAGUGUGCGUAGUGAAGUUGAGUAAAACGACAGACAUUAAAUUAACUAUCAUCACCAUCAAAACGUACGGGUGAACUUCUUGGAAUCCGUCACGGGUUCCGUCGUCAUUGUGAACGUCCGACAACCUCGAUAAUUUAACUUAAACAAAUUUAUCAAUCUAAUCAAGAGUGAAAUUAAAAAAGCUGGCUGUGUGUAUAGUGUGGUAGCGUUUCGUGUUUUUGGUGCUAAUGAACAAAAAUAUCGAAUAUGUGAAAACUAACAAAAAAAAAGGUGCAAAAGUGGAAAUAUCAAAACAACACAACAGCUUUCGUAGAAUUUUCCUACAAAGCAAAAGAGAAAUAAAAAUUAAAUAGGCAGGAAAAGUGCAAAAGUGCAGUGAAGUGCUGUCUUCCGUAGUAAAAAAGGGAGUCAUAUGUCCUCAUUAUGAGGGUCUGGGAACAGCAGCUAAAUAAAAAACCAGUUGCCUUUAGCCUAAAACUGUUCCUAGUGUUCGGGGUCGGGUGGAUUUUUUUUUUGGAGGCACCAGCAAAAAAAAAAUGCUAAACAAAAAACCCAAAGCCACAAGAGCAAAGUACAAGAAGCACACAUAAAAUCAUUGUAACACUUGGAGUCAGUUUCAUAGUUCUCGUUCUUUUUGUUGUGGCAGCAAACUAACAAGACCUGCCAAAAAACAAUGGCCACUAUUAGCAAUUGCAAAAUUUCGCUGUUCUGAGUUUAUUAAAACAAUAUAACCCCACUACAUCCAUCAACAGCUGUGUCUUGCCCUCCCCCCAAAUGCUUGUGCAAAUAAAAGCUGCACACAAGCACACACACACACAUAAACCAGUUUUGUUAUUACAAAUGUUCUCUCGAGAGACGACCUCACAAAUUUUAUCAGCUGCUCUUUUUGAUUGGACAACGCAGUUGUUGUUGCUGUUGCUGCCAGUGUGCGUAUGUGUGUUUUGUCUGCUGUUGCUUGCCCCAUUGACAGCUGUUACAGCUUCCCACAAACAAAAUAAAGAUUCCUAAGUUAGUAGUUGUUCGUAUUCCCGCCGUCAUCGCCGCCAUUUGCCACCAUGUCAUCUUCUAGUCACUUGGAAAGUGUCGCAGACACCGAAUGGUUGGAAGAUCUCCUCAAGGAGGUGCAAUUGGAACAGUUCCUAGAACGUAUACGAGAUGAUUUGCAAGUCACGCGCCUGGCACAUUUCGAUUAUGUGCAACCCGAGGAUUUGGAACGCUGUGGACUGGGCAAACCCGCCAUUAGACGAUUGAUGGAAGCUGUACGCAAGAAAAAGGCCCAUCAGUGGCGUAAAAAUAUUCUCUCUAAGCUUAUUGGUGGUGGCAAACAGCCCUCAUCUAAGAAAUCUUCAAAUGCCACCAAUAAAGAACAAAACAAUACUCAGCUAACUUGUCUUAUACAUGAGAAGGACAUCACAUUGGGCAACAAAUUAGGAGAUGGUUCCUUUGGUGUGGUGCGUCGGGGUGAAUGGCUUGCAGCAGCGAAUGGUAAAGUGCUUCCAGUAGCGGUUAAGGUCUUAAAGGCCGACAACCUUACCCAGCCUGGUAUUAUCGAGGAUUUCUUUCGUGAAGUUCAAGCUAUGCAUGCCUUGGAUCAUUCAAACUUGGUGCGUUUAUAUGGUGUGGUGCUUUCCCAGCCCAUGAUGAUGAUAACCGAAUUGGCUGAAAGAGGCUCAUUGCUGGAUACUUUGCGGAAACAGUUGAAGCAAACUCCUCUAACCACCAUUUGGAAUUGGUCUGUACAGAUUUCGACCGGCAUGGCCUAUUUGGAACACAAACGUUUCCUUCAUCGUGAUUUGGCUUGCCGUAAUGUUCUUUUAGCUUCUGGGAAUAAAAUCAAAAUUGGCGAUUUCGGUUUAAUGAGGGCCUUGCCUCAGGAGGAUGAUUGCUAUGUUAUGUCAGAACAUAAAAAGGUACCUUUUCCUUGGUGUGCUCCCGAGUCGUUAAGAUUCCGGCAAUUUUCCCAUGCUUCCGACACAUGGAUGUUUGGGGUUACUCUGUGGGAAAUGUUUACCUUUGGUGAAGACCCCUGGGUGGGUUUAAAUGGUUCUCAAAUUUUGCGCAAAAUUGACAGAGAAGGUGAACGCCUACACCAUCCUGAUGCAUGUCCGCCAGAUGUCUAUGAGUUAAUGUUGCAAUGCUGGGACAAAACGCCAGCGGAAAGGCCCACUUUUGCAGCCAUAAAAGAAUUCCUAGUUGGCGCCUCACCUCAAAUUGUCAAAGCCGCAAAGGCCUUUAACGAACCCAAUCGCCUUGCUAUAGAGGGUGGUGAUAGCAUUACUAUCAUUGACGGCCGAUCCGAAUUGAAGCUUAUCAAAGGACAGAACCAAAGAACUUUUGAAAUUGGCGUCUUUCCUCGUCAAAUACUUGAGAAAAGUAAACCAACCAACAGUGAUCUCAUACGACAUACACACGAAAACCUCAGAGCCACAGGUCAUUCAGGGUCUCCCUUCGGUUUCUGUUGGGGUGGUGCUGGCACCAUGGCCACAAGUGCCAGUGAAAUGCAUGCCGAGAGAGCACGCAAAACGGCUUCAUUGCAGCCGCAAUCUCUACAAAAUUUACAUCAUGCUAAAGAACGAAAGUCGGUGGUUAGUAAACAAUUUUCCUAUAACAAAUUGGUCAAUGAGAGGGCUGUGGAAAUGCAGCAGCGACAACAGCAGUCUGGAGGAAAUAAGAAGAAAACUGGGCCACAAAGACCGCCACCGCCCCAACAACAACAACAGCAGCAGCAAGAAGGUUUACUCAUCGAUAUUUCCCCCGAAUUCGGUGGCGCUGGACCUCCUCCUGCCCAAAACUCACAGCAACUAUUGCACUUGAGAGAAAGUUCUUCGAUGCAUGUCGAUAGUUCGUUUUGUAUUCUAGAUGCCCCCAUUGAUGUACCCACGGAAGGCGAUGAGUUUGCGGAAAAUGACAACUCAACAAUAAUGCCACCCACCCCAACACAAACGACCCAAAUGCAGUCGCAGGCGCACUUUGAUUAUGGUGCAUCUCCUUCUCGCCUGCAGCCUCCUCCUUAUCAAAUGCCACCCACAUACUCUAAUACAAUGGAAUUUUCCCAACAGCAGCAGCAGCAGCAACAACAACAACGUGAUCCCUUCGAUACAAGUAGAAUAAAUGUGACUGGUACCAAUGACGAUAUUAACGCUUUAUACUCUAAUGUGAUGAAAAUGCAACAGCCGCAGCCGCAGCAGCAACAACAGCCGCAGCAACAGGAUACUCCCCUAAGAAAUACUUCCCUGCAAAACUCCAAUUACAAUAGUCCAUCGGCGAGAAAAAGUCUCUUUGGCGUAUCUAUCUCCACAGCUUCCAAUAUCUCCUUAACGGGCAACAAAGAAAACAUACCGCAAAUGACUUCCGAGGCAAGCAAAAAUCUUCCAAGCCACCGGCAAUAUGAGGCUACUCCCAUACAGGCGACAGCAAUUUCUGCUGCCGAAGAUUCAGCGCUACAAAGAAAUUUAAGCACUCUCUCCUUGGAAAAACAAAGCACCACUCAAGCCUCCUCAGUGAAUGACUCUCAAGUAGUAUUAGACAAGAAUUUCAUUGCAGAAUUAGAAAAGGAUAUGUACUCUAAUAAGGGACAGAGCGAUUUUGAAAGGAACUCAACACAAAUGUAUGCCAAUAAAGAAGCUGUUUAUGCCCACAAACAGAAUCUAACACCCCUGAAAAACGCAGCCGCUGCUAAUUCACUUUCAAAUCACUCAAGUCCAUCUUCAAAUAAUGGUGCAUCGCCAAAAAUGCAAAAUUCCGAGAGGCAAGGCCUGUAUGGCAGCAGUAUUAGUGCAACCGCACAAGAGGCUCUGAAACCAAACAAUUUAGAGAACCCAGCAGCCUCUAACGUGAACGCCUCAAAUACUCAGAGUGUGGUGAAUCGUAUAUGGUACGAACGAGUGGCCAAUCAGUCAGAGUAUUAUGCCCAGCCUACAACGGAAAAUUUAUACUCGAAUCAAGAACUUUAUCAGGCCAGUCCCGCUAAUGCAGUCUCCACGAAUGGACUCAAUCAUAGCUUUGUCGCGAUUUCAAAUCGGGUCGUUCCGCCCAAAAAUGCUAAUCAGGUUUAUGCAUCUGCCGCUUCAAUGUAUGGGAGUGUUACAGGACCUGGUAUAUAUGAUACUGUGGCCCCCACACCAUCCACCUACUAUGGGCAAGUGCCUUUAAGUCAUGUAUCCAAUCUAGGAAAUGGUCAAAUUUAUUCAAAUGGUUCUAUUGUUGGUGGUGGUGGUGUUGGAGUUAAUACACAGCCUGCCAUUUACGAUGAAGUAGCUGUAGAUGAUUAUCUGCGACCUCAUCGUCCUGCACCCUUAGCACCACCGCAGUUGUCGGCGCAGCAGAUACAAAGACGUUUGGAAAAAUUAAAACGACAACAAGAGUCACAAAUGGAAGGCAGCAGUAGUUUAUAUGCACCUGUACCCUCAGAAUUCGAGAGGGAGCAACAGAAACUUCAACAAAUGAUGCAAGAUUUGGGACCAAAUGCACAGGAACUAGAUGUACGCAAUGCUUUGCGUGCGGCCAGUGGUGAUACAGCUUUAGCCGUAAGGCAUUACAAAAUCGAUCAAUUGUCAAGACUGGGUGUGGCAAAUCGACAACUAUGUGAACAAGCCUUACAGAAAACUGGCUGGAGUUUGGAGCUGGCAGCAGCCGUUUUGUUAGAAUCCACCUCAUAAAUAAAAAUACCACCACCAAAACCACCACGACCUUCUUUCAUAUCGUAUCAUUCCAUUAUCCUCCCUGACUAACAACUAACUCUGCAAACUGAGUUUUUAAAAUGAAUUUAAAACCCUAAAAUGCACUUUUGUGAUCGAACAGUACAAUACGAUUCAAUAGAGAAAUAGGAAUCAUCAUAACAACAUGUAAUUCAAUUAGUCCCGGACCCUUGCAAAACAAAUAUAGUUGUUGUAAAUUUGUUAUAAUUAAAAAUCAAGGAGGGUAUUGUGCUAAUCAAUCAUUCAACCGUCCUUGCUGUAGAUAGUUCUAAAUGAAUAUGUAGUACCAAAUGAAAAUGAAAACUUGGGAAUUUUCUCAAUCCCCCAUCACCCUUACGAUAUUGACCUUUCAAGCGUAUAUAGCCAAACUCAUUUCCUUAAGUUGCUGCUGCUUCCCAUCGUUUGCAUGCAUUAUAUGAUUUUAUUUUAUUUUUUAUUUAGUAUAUGUAAAUACAAAUAUUUUAAUAGUUACAUAAUGACACUAAUUUUAAUGGCAUAUUUUAUUUUCCGAACCGGACAAAACAAACAAACCAGACAUUUAGCCUUUUUAAUAAAAUCUAAUGCUUACUGAGCAUACAAUUUUUUU